GUUGCAGGCCUGGGGCCAGGCAGGACCGCCUAGACUCCCCAGCGAACCGGCUGACUCCCACAUGAAGUCUCACUCCUGGGAGUUGGGCGUGCCCUUGAUCUUUUCUCUGUUAGGAGACGCAGCAUCUCAGCACCUGAAGAGCACAGGUGUGUGCACAAACGUCCCCCGUUCCUGGCACGAGCUUUGGAAUUGCGCAGGAAGCCAAAACAGAUGUUGUUGUCUCCCAUCUGUUCACCGCAUGAUCUGAAUGUUCCUUUCUGUGGUCCCGGGGGGUCCCGGGUGCGGGUCUUGUUCAAUGUGGUCCCUGGUGUGCAGCUGCUUCUAGAGCUGGUGUGCUAAUGCGCUGGCAUGCUGGGGUUGCCAGCCCAAGAAGGUUCCCCAGACUCUUGGGUCCAGCUUCCCAGGCAUCUAGUACCCGCCCUGACAGCUGUCAAGGGAAGGAGAGCCAGGUGACUUGGCUGGUGUGAUCCGAUGCAUCUCCUCCCCAGCCGCCUUGGUGCCUGAGCUCCGUGGAGCUGUUGCUCCAGACGGUUUGUUUAUAAUGCUAAACAUAUCAGAUAAUUGAAAGCUAAUGCUUCUGUCUGGAUCACUAGACAUAAUAUGCCUGGAUAACAAAUCAAUUUCCUCACUGCCCUACAAAGCUUCGAAAUCAGAUGCACAGCACAUUCUUGUGCGUGUACGUGUGUGUGUGCAUGCACUCACGCAUGUGCCAGCUCCCAUGCUGACUUGUGAGGAACUGGAAUUCCAGGCUAGUUUCCCCAGGCAGUGAACUCCAGACUUCAGUUCGGGCCUCCAUCUUAGAACAGGAUUCAGGUGAGAAGGGGAUGAGAGCCCCAGGUCUGACGGGGGACGGUCCAGAGAGAAGGGACAUCUUACACAGUCUUAUAUGAAGCUCUCGUGGUCUGUGUUGGAGGACUGGAGUACUCGUAUACAGAAAUGUCUGAGAAAUGCAUUUCAACUGCCUCCUGCCAGGGUGCCCCUCCAAGAAUGGAUAUACAGAACAUAAUAUUAGUGGUGUACACUUAGAUGCCACCAGGAAAAUGUGAAUUAUGACUACGCCUCCAAGAAUAUUUCAGUUAUCUGGCAGCCUCGGUCAUCCAGAAAGGAGAUGAGAAACACAGUAAGGAAACAGGGCAGAUAUCUACCUAUCUCUGUGUGAGUGCGGGUGUGUAUGUGCGUGUAUGUGAAUUUUCUCGUAUUCACUUAGAUCCUUAUUCAGAUUUGAUUUACUCUUACUAACACAACUCCAACAAUAGUAGUGCCUUCAGCUGUUUAUCGCACUAGCGCCAUGCAUCAGUAGUGCAUCGAGGAUUUGGGCGUUGCCUCAUCUAAUCUUUACAACAACUGAGUUUCCUGUGAGGAAACUGAGGACUGCAGAGGCCUAAGUGACUGGCCCAGGGACAUCCAGCUUCUAAGUGCCAGAGCUGGGUGUGGUCUCCAGGCCAGCCUGGCUCCAGGGUGCCCCCUCUUAGUCUCUGGGCUCCACAGGGCUGCAGAGCAGGCUGGAAGGGAGGAGGGCCCCGGGCCAGAUGCUCCAGGGGUGAUGGUCACGGCCUGAUAGCAAGGAGCUAGAAAACUGUUAAAAAUGCGUGCAAUAACCAUUAGAAUUCAGGAAUGAUAUCAGGAUAGGGCCCUUUUGGGUAGGGGCACAGAUUCUGCAUCCAUCAAGAGCUGCUGAGGGGGCCGCUCUAUUACAGCUCAGCAGACUAGUUAGGUUGGUCGUGACGAUCCAAGAUCAUCAAGAAAAUGUAAGUCAUGUUCUGCCUACUCUGCUUAAGAAGUCAAGGAGUUGUGGAAUGCAUUUCAGGGGAACAAAAGGAACAUUCAGCAAGGAAGCUGAACAUGCAAAGGUUUUGCAUUUAAAUUUAGUUGUCUGGAAAAUUUGGUUAUGAGGAACAGCUCAUUAAUAGCACUGAGGAGUCACAGUGAAAAUAGGGAUCUGCCAGCACGGGAGGAGAGAGAAAAGGUUGGAAAGAUGGGGCGGUACUGGGACCCAUGUCCCACUGCCACCAACCAGGCCCUUGUCUUGCCUAAUACUGAGGUGACAAGGAAAGUUCUGUCAGGUGAACGAUGCCCUGCCCCUCUCAUGGGCCUCCCCAACAAACUUAGUCCCCUGGUGUUGGAUGGAGGUGGACGUCUCAGUGCUCUAGAGUUUUCUAUAUAUAAGACUUAAAUAUUGGAGUUAUAAACAACUCUUAAACAUAUCCACAUGACAUGUUUUUAAUUAAAAUACGGGCCACACAGUCUGUCCCAUCUAAUUUUUGUAUACUUGGAGAUUGCCAAUUCAUUUCCAUUUUGGCCCAAGCCAAACAGAAGGAGGAAGAAAGCUCUGGUACAAAAGCACAAUCAAAUUUAUUCCACCCUGAAGGACUUUUGAAUUCUCUAUGGAUGUAUCAAUUAAUAUUUCGCUUGUGCCCUAGUUCAUCCCCAAAAUGGAUGUGGAGCAGCUGUCUGUGGUUUGGGUUUGUCUGCUCCAGGACUGGAGCCGCUGUUGGGAAGCAUUGGGACUGGCUUCAUUUUGGGUAGUUUCUUUUCAUGCUUCUGAAGAGCCUCUGCACCUGAGCGAUCCUCUGGCUCUGAUCCACCCACGUCUACCUGGCGGCAGCACGUUCUCUGACCACGGGGCCCACCUGGACCUCGCGGAGGUUUUCUGAGCUGCAGCCCUAAGCACGGGUCUGGCUCGGGAGCUCAGCGUUGUCAUGACUUAAGCCUCACUUCCUCCCUCUCUCUGGAAAAGUGUUGCACCUUAGCUCUUGGCAAAGAGUCGUGAUUCUGGGGUGUGAAGGAAGGGCGGUGGCCAGAGGUAGGGACAGGGCACCCAGCUGCCUCUCUGGAUGGAGCAUUUCACAUUGCCACGUGAUGAGAGGGCCUGAGAAAUGCACAAGAGGAACUUGUGUUGGAGGGAAAAGACCCUUGGCCAGUGGAUUCCAUCCAGAGACCAUUGUCGCUUCUGGAAUGUGUAACCUGGAUUUGGCCAUCGUCCAGGGGGCCAAAGCAUCCCUCACUUCCUCUCGAGUACUGUCCUUGGCUAGAGAGGGUCCAGGAGCCCUGGUUUUGAUUUUCUCCUCUCACUUGGACCCAGUGACCUGGAGGCAAGCCUGUUGGUUUCGGUCUGGGGCCUCUUUGUGUUUGCUGCAAAGCGGUUGUCUUCAAAGUUGUUGCUGUUUAAAGCCCUGGGACUCUUGCUUCAAUGGCAGUUUUAGGCGGAAGCCUGAUGGAAUCAAGUCGCAUUUCCCAACCUCAGUACUAUGGACGUUGUGGGCUGGUCAUUAUUUAUUGUGGGGCCUGUCUUGUGCGUUUCUGGAAUGUUUAGGAGCGUCCUUGGCCUCUACCCACUAGAUGCCCAUAUCACUCCCUUCCCCUAAGGUGAGACCACCAAAAAAGUCUCCAGACAUUGCCCGAUCUCCCCUGGGGGCCAAAAUUGCCUCCAGCUGAGAACCACUGUAUUACAAGAGACUAAAGUGGAGCUAACUAAAGUCAGGAUGGGGGCCCGGGGUCUUCCCCUUAGUCUCCUCUCUACCCCUCCCCUCCUGCUCCUGGUGAGGGUAGGGGCUCCCGAUUGAGCACAAGGCUGCUGGCCGCUGUUCCCAAGACCAGAGCGGACAAACGCAGCAUCUCACACGGGGGCCCCUGCUCCUGGUGUCGCUCUGCGUUCUUUUUCAAGACGCCUCUGCGGGGAUGGACUGGGGCAGCCUGUGGUCCGGAAACAGGGGGACCGGUGACUGCCCUACACGACGUUCAAAACCUAACCUUCCUUUAAAAAGAUGGUAGUCACUGAUCGUUUUUCAAAUGAUAAAAUAAAUGCCCGAUGAAGACAGCUGGAUGACCUAGAAAAGCGCAAAAAUGGAGAAGCCACCUGUAAUCGUACCAGGCCAAGGUACCCACCGUUUACCACGCACAAAGGCAGGCUGAACCUGCUCUCAUACCUUAUCUUAGUUAUUUAUUGUAUUUUUAGAGCCUGCCUUUUCCACUGAAACUCACGGCCUCCCUAAUGGUGCAAAGCAGCCAGCAGCGUUACCAGAACUGACCCCCGGCUGGUACAAGUGACACAUAGAGAACUGGCGCGGCCUGCACACGCUCAACGCCGUGGACAUGGAGCUCUACACUGGCCUCCAAAAGCUGACCAUCAAGAACUCAGGACUUCGGAGCAUCCAACCCAGAGCCUUUGCCAAGAACCCCCACUUGCGCUAUAUAAAUCUGUCCAGUAACCGGCUCACCACACUGUCAUGGCAGCUCUUCCAGACGCUGAGUCUUCGGGAAUUGAGGUUGGAGCAGAACUUCUUCAACUGCAGCUGUGACAUCCGCUGGAUGCAGCUGUGGCAGGAGCAGGGCGAGGCCAGGCUGAACAGCCAGAACCUCUACUGCGUCGGGGCUGACGGCUCCCAGCUCCCUCUCUUCCGCAUGAACAUCAGUCAGUGUGACCUUCCUGAGAUCAGUGUGAGCCAUGUCAACCUGACUGUACGAGAGGGUGACAAUGCUGUCAUCACUUGCAACGGCUCUGGAUCGCCCCUGCCUGAUGUGGACUGGAUAGUCACUGGAUUGCAGUCCAUCAACACCCACCAGACAAAUCUGAACUGGACCAAUGUACAUGCCAUCAACCUGACCCUGGUAAAUGUGACGAGUGAGGACAAUGGCUUCACCCUGACGUGCAUUGCAGAGAACGUGGUGGGCAUGAGCAAUGCCAGUGUUGCCCUCACCGUCCACUACCCCCCACGUGUGGUGAGCCUGGAGGAGCCCGAGCUGCGCCUGGAGCACUGCAUCGAGUUCGUGGUGCGUGGCAACCCACCGCCCACACUGCACUGGCUACACAACGGGCAGCCGCUGCGGGAGUCCAAGAUCAUCCACGUGGAGUACUACCAGGAGGGCGAGGUUUCCGAGGGCUGCCUGCUCUUCAACAAGCCCACCCACUACAACAACGGCAACUACACCCUCAUUGCCAAAAACCCGCUGGGCACGGCCAACCAGACCAUCAACGGCCACUUCCUCAAGGAGCCCUUUCCAGAGAGCACGGAUAACUUUGUCUCUAUCUACGAAAGCCCCACACCUCCUAUCACUGUGACCCACAAGCCAGAGGAAGACACUUUUGGGGUGUCCAUAGCUGUUGGACUUGCUGCUUUUGCCUGCGUCCUGUUGGUGGUUCUCUUUAUCAUGAUCAACAAGUAUGGUCGACGGUCCAAAUUUGGAAUGAAGGGUCCCGUGGCUGUCAUCAGUGGUGAGGAGGACUCAGCCAGCCCACUGCACCACAUCAACCAUGGCAUCACCACACCCUCGUCACUGGAUGCCGGGCCGGACACAGUGGUCAUCGGUAUGACCCGCAUCCCGGUCAUUGAGAACCCCCAGUACUUCCGUCAGGGACACAACUGCCACAAGCCAGACACGUAUGUGCAGCACAUUAAGAGGAGGGACAUCGUGUUGAAGCGAGAACUGGGCGAGGGAGCCUUUGGAAAGGUCUUCCUCGCUGAGUGCUACAACCUCAGCCCGACCAAGGACAAGAUGCUCGUGGCCGUGAAGGCCCUGAAGGAUCCCACCUUGGCUGCCAGGAAGGAUUUCCAGAGGGAGGCCGAGCUGCUCACCAACCUGCAGCAUGAGCACAUUGUCAAGUUCUAUGGGGUGUGUGGUGAUGGGGACCCCCUCAUCAUGGUCUUUGAGUACAUGAAGCAUGGAGACCUGAACAAGUUCCUCAGGGCCCAUGGGCCAGAUGCUAUGAUCCUCGUGGAUGGGCAGCCGCGCCAGGCGAAAGGCGAGCUGGGACUCUCCCAGAUGCUCCACAUCGCCAGCCAGAUUGCCUCGGGCAUGGUGUACCUGGCUUCCCAGCACUUUGUGCACCGGGACCUGGCCACCAGGAACUGCCUGGUCGGAGCCAAUCUGCUGGUGAAGAUCGGAGACUUCGGCAUGUCCAGAGACGUCUACAGCACCGAUUACUACAGGGUGGGAGGACACACCAUGCUCCCCAUCCGUUGGAUGCCCCCUGAAAGCAUCAUGUACAGGAAGUUCACAACAGAGAGCGACGUGUGGAGCUUUGGGGUGAUCCUUUGGGAGAUCUUCACCUAUGGAAAGCAGCCAUGGUUCCAGCUCUCCAACACAGAGGUCAUCGAGUGCAUCACCCAGGGUCGUGUUUUAGAGCGGCCCCGAGUCUGCCCCAAAGAGGUGUAUGAUGUCAUGCUGGGCUGCUGGCAGAGGGAACCGCAGCAGCGGCUGAACAUCAAAGAGAUCUACAAAAUCCUCCAUGCUCUGGGCAAAGCCACCCCCAUCUACCUGGACAUCCUCGGCUAGUGGUGGCCGGCGGUCACGAAUUCAUACUCUGUUGCCUCCUCUCUCCCGGCCUCACAUCCUCCCUUUUCCACCUCACAACUCCUUUCUUCCAUCCUUGACUGAAGCAAACGUCUUCAUAUAAACUCAAGUGCCUGCUACACAUACAACACUGAAAAAGAAAAAGAGAGAAAAAAACCCUGUAAGGCAGUUUGGCAUACAUAUAUAUAUAUAUAUAUAUUUAUAUAUCUAACUAUCUAUCUAUCUAUAUCUACAGAGAGAUACCUUCUUCUCUGAUACAGAGAGAAGCUGCUGAUACAGAAACCACAAGACUGUAACAACAACUCAGAAAAUCUUAACUAUUAUGAACGCAAAGGAAAAUUCCCGUUGACUUAAGCUGUGGCCCAUGCUUCUUCAGCUCUGGCUUUUCGGAGCUGAAGACCUGGACGAUUCAGAGAGACAAUCUUCGUGCUGGGACGAGAGGAGCUGGGGUAGACGUGAAUAACCACUGUGCAGGUGAUCACCAGUGUAGGUGUGGUACCCCCCAAGCUCUACAUGGGUGCAUAGGCUGACCACACUCAGCGAGGAAAUAUCGCUGGACCAGGAACCUCUGGAACGCCUCGCGUCUCCCCUGACCAUUGCCUCCAUGCCUUCCCCCUUUCCUCUACUUCGAGACGAUUUUCUCAUUUGUCCAUUCUAGAAAGUAGAAUGCUCGCAUUCUUGGGAUUCCGUGAUGGCGCCUACAGGUAAACACUGAACAAGAACAACAACGACAACGACAAGACCAUGAUGGCAGUGGGCUACAUCCAUCUUGGGUGUAAACCAUGCUCAAGUUCCCUCCUAAAUUUGAAAGCGAUGUGUCUUCUAUCCUCUGAACUUCAAGAACUGGACUUUCCGGACUUAGAGACCCACAGAAGAAACAGAUAAAAUCUGAACUCCAUCAAGGCACUGCCUCCUGUCUCCCCGUUAUUGGGGAGACUCCUUGGCCCCACUUCCCACCUCCAGGCCUUUGGGGAGAUUUGGGGCACGUCCUCUGUGUUGUCUACGCAUGUGGACACAACACGAUUCCAACAGCAGGAGACUUAGUUCCUUGUGUGUCAUUAUAAGGUAUGCCCCUCUGGGUCCACUGUUUCUUAUCCUGCCUCCCUGGGUCCUCGCUGCCACUCCCAGGUAUCCCCACUGCUGGGAAGGGAACCAUGUCUAGCAAGAGGCUGGGGCAAUGCUUAUUUUGGGAAGCCAGGCCGUGGAGUGGGCAGGAGGCAGCAGGGGAGAAUCUAUUUGGCACCUGCAACCGGCCCCGUGGCAUUCUUCUCACGUUUCCAGCCCCUGGAAGGAUUGAUGUAUCUGCCUUUGAGCUGCUGUGAAAACGCAGAGGCUGAGAAAUCGCUUUUGUGGGCUGGGGGCAGGGGGAGGGGCCGAGGCUUCUCUGGGAGAUGUCCAAUGCACAGCCACUGCCGCAGGCUUGGCAUCUUAAUGAGGAUCGAGCCCCAACCAGGGAGAGAGAAGGAAGCAUCUGGGCUGGGGCCCGCUCCCUCCGCCCCAGCGCCAGAGGAUUCACUGCCUUCCCAGCUGCUGCCAUCAAGGACUGCAAUAGGGGCAGGUCUCUGGGCCUCCCUGAUACCUGACAAUGAAACGCCUGUGAAAGCCAACAGCCUGGCCCCACAGAGCCCUCCUGCUGUGAAGGAGAGGAUGCGCCCCCCCCGCCCCCCACCGAGGCCACCAGCCCCUCCACCACACCCCAAGCACAGAGCUACCUAAUGGACUGGCCUUCGCCCAACUGGAGCCUCCUGGGGGCCUCUGGCCUGCACCGUGCUCUGCCAGCUUCAGGGACUGUCGGCAGCCUGGACUUCCUGGUCAGCCGCAGUGCAGGCAUCCCUGUGUGGGGUUCAGGACUGAAUUCUGUGUUUGUGGUUUUGCUUCCUUUUUUAGACCAACAAAUGUUUUUAUUCAAAUAGAAAAGAGCUGUGCUCGGACUGUAGGCCGCGGUGGGGAUUCGGGGAUCGGUGAGGCUGCUCAGCUGGCCUGGGAGGGGCCGGACGGGAGGUGGGGUUGGUGUGGGGUUUCUGUCUGUGCUGUGCUCCCAGCCCUGAGGACUUCUGAGGAGAGCUCUUCUGAUUGACCACCUCACAGGAAUCCUUUGCUGUCCUAUGGCAAUUACCCUUCUUGUCUUUCCACCUGAGGGCCCCUGAUCUAUUCUGGGGCCAUUAGGGCUGGAUGGAGCCAUGCAGUCUGGUUUUGAGUGGGGUAACUAAGGGAAAGGUAUUCAUGGAGGAAGCGAUGGGGAGAGCCUGAGGAGAAAGUAUCUUCUGGUGAGAUGUGAGGCUCCAAGGCUCCUGUUGCUGCCACAUUGUCCCCCGAACAGACACUGUGUGGCUCCCACUAAUGGUCUGGGAAGAAGGGGGUGAUGGAAAGUGGUUAGAGGCUGGUGGGCAACUGGGAAUGAGGGAUGUGCUAGGGUUUCAACUCAGGGCACUGAGUCAUCGUGGCCUAAUGGAAAAAGGCAAUUCCUUGGAACAAGGGGCACGGAAGGAGACUAUAGUUGUCAGAUCACCCUCGUCUUAGUCCCACAGGCCUCCGUGUUGGCCUUGGGGUCAUGUCUUCAUCCUGUUCAACUGCCCAUCUUAAGAGUAGAAGAAAAUGGGUCUCAGAGCAAGGGAGAGCAGAGAGAAUGGGCCUGCUUACUCGCUGCCCUUGCCGGACUCUGUGUAGAGUCUACAGGUCGAUUUCUUCACCUCGGCAGGUAAAAAAAUAAGCUUUUUGGAGAGUGCAGGAGAUGGAGAAUAGGGCUGUGGAAACUGAAGGGGUACUCUAGGGCUCUGGGGCUGAGUGGAGUGCAUUAUUUCUCCUGUACUGGGACAGGACCAAGAAGACUCACUCUACCGUGCCUCAGUUUCCCCAUCUGCCAAAUGAGGGUUGUGCUUGCUAAUCUCUGGCCCCUUCUAGCUCUGAAAUUCUUAGAUUCUGACAGCAUCGAGUCACUGUGUCAUUUUUCUCAAUGCCGCUCUGGAAUGCCGGGAUAGCCCUCCACAGGCCUCGCACAAGUUGGGGGAAGAUGCCUCUGAGGUAGGCCUGGGCACAGGUGGGUUUCAAUAAGACACUCCUCUCCUCCUUUGCACCUAUGUCACCACAAUUCAGAGGCUUUAGUGCCUGAGGCUGCUUUAGGCCCAGAGGGAGCACUUGGCCUCCUUCCCCUUUCUAACCUUUCUACACAGCAGAAACGCACUGGCAAAGGUUUAUUUAUUUAUUUAUUUUUCAAACAGCCUAAUGUGGUAAAUGAGUCUUGAGAUGGCAUCCCAUUAGCCAAUACGGCCACUCUGGUUCUCUCCACUCUCAUCCCUCCAUACAAAAACCCAUACUUUAAAAGACCAUGACAGAGUACGGUGAGAGCGUAGCUUGACGUGAGCUCCAUUGUGACUGCUGGUGGAUGUUCCAGGCCACUCAGGCUGAUCUCCCUGCCAUGCCAUGCUCACCUGGUCCCUUCCUGGACUAAGCAAGAGUGAUUUGCUGUUGGAUGCCUACCUUGGAGUCAGGUGCCAUGGCCAAGGGUCCUUCCAGUUCUUCUUUGCUGUGGACUUGAACCAAAUGCUGCCCUCUAAUUAUGUCCCUGACCUCUGAGUGGAUCUUAAGAGUCACUAAGUCUCCUCUUGUUAACAACAAAGGACUUGAUGCUUCCUCCACUCAGCAGAUCAUGCACAAAUCAUCCCUGGAGAGAAGCUUCCCAAGGAGACAAAAGGAUCCUUGGUCCUUCUGGGUUCAAGUGGCACAUUACCGUCCUUCUCUGGCGAUGCUUACUUUGCGGAAUACACUAGUGCAAGUAUUUUUGGUGCUAAAUACUACAGAAACCAACACCAACAGGAGAGCUGACAGCCAAUCUCUGGGGCUGCAUGAGACUCAACUCAGAAGCAAAAGUGAGUCAGUCAUGCUGGGAAAGUACAGGAUGCGUGGGAAGCCAGGUGGGAAUGUGGGGUGAUGGAAAGACCAUCGCAAAUCCUGGCUUAGCUCUUAGUUACCUGGCUGAACUUGGCUGGGUCAGCUAAUUUUUAAGAUGGUCAGAUUUCUCAUCUGAGACAUUUAAGAGGUUAGAAUAGAUAUUCUGGUGGUUCCUUUUAGUUAAAAAAAAAAAAAAACUAUAUUUUGGUCCCACCUGGGUUUUUGGCUUUUGUGUUAUUGUUUGUUUUUUAACUUGCUGUUAGGAAAUAAGAGAGAAAAUGAAAGACAGAUAAGGAAAGGGAAGAGGAAAAAUUGCCAAUGGCAAGAAAUUGAUUAUAGAAGGCAAAUAACGAAGGCUCCAUGAGUUAGGUUUGUGGGGAGUUGGUGGGGAGAGCCAGGCAGAUAAGCCAGGGACCCCAUUUUUGUGCUCCUCAACGAAGGCUGCCACCUGGCCCCUUGGUUGACUUCCACCAGGCAGUCCUCCUAACUAGCCACGUACUCCAUUUCAACACGGACAUACCCAAGUCGGCAGAAACUAUUCCAAGAUAUGGCGACAGGCCUAUCCACUUGGCAUGCAGGCCACUGGCAAUCUGAACUCUGGGUCAGAAACCAAGUGAGUUUUUCCCUGAGCUGCUGUUGUAAGGAGGUAGGGUACUGGAAAGAGGGCACCAUUGUAAGUUGCAGGCUAUUCACUAAAGUCCUGUUCUGUUCAGGAAUGCCUAAUGGCUUCCUUGCUGUCCUUUUCCAAAUCAAAUAGCAGCAGUGUUAUCCUGACUUGAGGUACAGUUGUUGCAACUUGAGGUGGCAGCCUUGAGAUUUGGGGGUCUCCUCUGUGCUUUGCUCAGUGUCAGAAGCAAAGAAAGAUCUAUAGAUGUUUGUUGAAUGAACUCAUGUGCUGGCUAUCUAGAGAGCUGCCCUUCACUGUCCCUGGGAUGUCUACUGUCAGCUUUGGUUGGAAGCCAAACCUGCUAGAAUACCCAAAGGCGUACACCUUAGAGCUAAAAAUGGCACCUUUUUGGUCCCUGGAGCACCAACCUCUUCUUUGAUACCAAAUAAAUUUUUUGGUCAACCCUUAAUAGGUUUUAAAGGAAAAUUCCAAGCUUUUGUAUCACUAUCAAAAUAUCACUAUAGGACUUCAGAAAAUAUUUUAAGAUUUCUUAGCAUCACUGGAAGUGUCAUCCUAGGGACAGCAUGGCCUGUAUACCGUGUAUGCUUAUAUCUAUAUCUUUCAUUGGAAUGGCUUCAGUGAAGGUUCGCGUGGAGUCAGCAAAUUGAUUUCACAAUGCUUGGUCUCUCUAAGCCUUACAUUUCUUAGGAAUAAGAAAUCCAGCGAUGGACUGGCCUAAGAGACGUUCAGAAACGUACUGAUGGGAAAUUCAUCAUCUUGUAAAGUUUGAUUGUUUGGUGCUCCCCGAAUUAAAUUAUGCUGAUGACAAUAUUCUGAGCAUCUGAAAACUACUCUUCCUGGUGGUUUGAUAGAUUCCCUCAUGGGAGCCCUUUCUGCCACAUCCCAUUUGGGGGUUGGUAUUGAAUUCACCAGCACUGCAGUUAAAACCACCCCCUAGGAGAAGUGGGACAGAGAGAAUAUGAGGUGUUGAUACUUGCUCACUCUUUCUGAAAGGCAUUGCUGAUGGUGGAGGAUGUGGUGAAUAUUUGUUUCACUGCAUUGGGUGUUGGGGCUUUUGCCAGGAGCACAGGCUGUUCCACCCUAAGGACCUGAAUCUUGGCUUCCGAUAGAGUCUUGUUUCCCUGGUGCAUUCUCCCAGGCAUAGUUCCUUUGACUGCCUAAAAUAAUUCUAUACUUUGCAACAAGAGAUGUCUCUGGCCCAAGUCUCAGUGGGCCAAUAUAGACACUUUUCUAUUCCACAAGGGAUCCAUGGAGACUGGGGGACGCCCUUAAAGUACUUGGAAUUCUUGAUUCAAGUAAUAAAAUUCAGAUUCCCUUUCCUCUUUAGCUAAGUUCCAAAUUGAAAGCAAAGCUUGGGUUGAUAUUUGCAGUAGAGAUAAUGUCUUAAGCCGGCGUGCUGGGCUAUCUCCCAUCAAGGAGAGACAGAGCAUUACAGCUACCUGACAUUAAUUAAUUUUUCCUAAUCACCAAGGUAAACAUUGCUUUGUGUGCAGUGCUAUGCCCCAAGCUUGUAGCUUGCGAGAGAUACUUAAGGCCAACAAAACUAGAUCUCUCUAACAGAAGAUGUAUCAAGAUAACAUAGAUGAGGAAAGGCCUGUUGGACAGCUACUUCUGACACGUGCCUUGGCCCUCAGGUCUUGCUUUUAAGUUUACCAUCUUAUGAGAGGAUUUGGUUUCUAGUCACUUUAGAGGAUGACCAAUUUAGUCGUCCUUCCUGGAAGCCAACAGUAGACUGAGAGCCCAGAUGUCCGCUGUGUACUCUGACGUUGUCUUGGCUGCACCAUCAGUAAAGCCCAGUGAGAAAUGUGGAUGCUCAUGUCUAAGCCUGAUACUUAUCCCUUCAUUUAAGAAGAGAGCAUGGAUGUCAUUAAAAAAAAAGACUUUUGUAAUCUGUUCACUGCUAGGACCUACUCAAAUGACUAGCUUUCGUAAAUGUUUUGCUUUUUCUUGGAGAAGUGUCCACAUUCCAUCUCCAUUUAACAGCCACCUGACACUUACCUCAUGUCUCUGAGCUCACUCUGGAGUGAGUAAACAAACCUGGUGCAGGUGUUGUGAUUUUUGCUUUCCGUAGUACAGAAGUAAAUCUCAGUAUAGAAGAUUUUCUUUCAUUUUUGCUCUUUUUACUUUUGCUUUUUCUUUUGGCUCCUAUCUUCCUGCUUCCAUGGGACUGACAACCCAGCUUCUCAAACUCUGUGAAAGUCUUAAUACAAGGUGAAUCCUAGGACCACAAACAGUUUGGACUUCAAACAGUGAGAAAAUUGGUGCUGAAUGAUUCGGCACACAAAGCAGAAAACUUUCAUUUCCUACAGGCAGGAUGGAAUUGACUGUUAUAUUAAGACUUCUGAAGGAGCCCUGCCCUGGAGUAAUUUCUUCACUGUCAGACAAUGUUGACAUCUAGAUUAACCUCUGUGCAGUGAAGUUUACUGCAAAGCUCAUUGAGAUGCAUGUUGUGUAUCUUUGCAAAUCCCAUCAGGAACCCUUGUGGCCCACCCUCAGCAACACCCCCUCCCUUCCUCACCCACUGCUCUCUCCGUCUAUGAACUUUUAGUCUCCAGGAGUCGAGGAGCCAUGGCUGGGAUCUGACUCCAGGAGAGACAGUUUUGACCUUUCUCUGACCAUGGUGCUGAGCCAGGCUUUCUGCUCAGUUGGAGUGACAGUGGUUGUCAUCAUAUUGGUGUUCCCCUGAGGGGACUGUAAAUCAAGGCAUAAAAGCCCCUCUGCUGAUGACAAACAGUUUCACAGUGUAUCUCGAUGCUGCACAAAGUAAAACGGUUUAUGAAGAAUUAGUGUACCCGUUGUCAGUGAGCCCUGCUCUGGGCUCCCCAGUGCUCCAGCACUCCCAGGUCCAGAUGCAACAGGCCUUGACUGCAGCCAGGUGGCCAGAGGGGCUGGUGGGUCUGAUAGAAAAAGGGCUUACCCUGUGUCUGUGCAGGUGUUUCCUAUGGUCCUUACAAGAGAGGCAGCCCUGGCUCCUUUUUCUCCUGGUUGGGACAGAGAGUGUAGCUGUUACCCAAACCCCAGCUUGUCAGCUCUCUAUGAUGUGAUGGGGUCCAGAAUGAACUGACACUUUCUAACUCACUAUGUGGUCCAUAUGGAGGCACAAUGGCCAGCGGAAACCUCAAAGCUGAAAUCACAUAUUCUGUACAAACUAGGGCUAUUGAUUCAUCAAAAGUCUUGAGAAAGGGCCGUUAGCUCAGUCACAGCCACCUUCAGCCUCCGCCAAUCUGCUCCACAUCAUCACGGCUGUUUUUGGGAACUCAUCUCGGGACUUUAGAAUACUGUGCCCCAAAGUUCGGAGAACAGAUUUCUCUGGGGUUUUACUUAUGCUGAUUCUCUUUGAAAUUGUUUUUCCUACUUUUCUUCUUGUCUUUAGUAUGAGUAACAAGAAUCUCCUUGUAUAUUCUGAGACAUUUCUUUAGAAGAAAUGAAAGUUUCCAGCCAAGGACAUUGUGUUUAUUGACUGGGAAAAUAGAUUUCUGGGCCAAGUAAUGUCACAACCAUACAGAGGCAAACCUGACGACUUUAUUUAAAAGCAAUUAUCAGUGUAGUAUUUUGUUCUAGAUGCUCAGGCUUACAUAGUGCAGACUACAUUUGUCUUUUUUAUUAUUUAUGAUAUUAUGAUACUUGUUCAUGUGUGCACAUAUGCGCACACACGCGCAGACACGCAUACACACAAAUGCUUCUAUUGGACUUCUAUUGGUCCAAUAUGGUUCAACAAACCGAUGGGCCUCAUUAGUCUUUCUCCUACUGAUCUCUGUGUGUAUUUAUGUUCAAAUAAGUGUGCGCCAAGUGUGUGGUUUCUUAAAUUUUUCUAUAGCUCACCCUUUCUUUUAUUAUCGUUACACUGUCUUUGACUUUUUGCACUGUGGAUCAUUUAUGAAGUUAGGGCUUUUUAAAAGGAGACUAAAUCCUGAGUUUUAAGAACCUUCAUAUUUAAAGACUGGACUGGUUUUCUCAGAGAAACUCAAAACCAAACCCAAUCUUGAUACAGGUUUUAUUUGAUUAAUUUGGGGGAGGCACUGAAUUUGGGCCUGAAUAAUACAUAUUAAGUACAAAUAUAAAUGUGAACUAGUUCAAGCAGAUUCCUGAACCUAUCAUGGGGCUAAAACCAUUAGAUAUAAAACUCAAACAUUCAAAUUGAAUUGGAAUAUGAAGUGAAAGAGUUAACGUGGGACGUGAGAAUAUCACUGAGUUCGAAGUGAGCUGGCCGGACUCAGUGCUACUUGGUGGGUGACUGUGCACGGUCAACUCAGUUAUCUGGGUCAAAUAUAAAGGGGGCAGCUGGAAACUAAUUGCAGACCUGUGCCCCUUCUCUGAUUGCGGUGAUGGGGCAAGCCAAUAGAUUUCUCAUCCAUUGCUCAGAUAAGUUACCACUGAAAUGGAUCUCCUCAAGGUCUCACCUUUGCGCAAGUUUGCGCAUGUCCGCACCCUGAAGAGUCAGCCCCGUUUUCAUCUUGUGUUCAGUUCAUCCUUGCAGCUGUCCUUCGAAUGUUCUCCAAACUCUGAACUCUUACCCCCAUCUGCCGUUCCUCACCCCGCCCCUUUACAGGCCCUGUUCUGUCUCUGCAAAGGCAGGGAAAGCCCGACUGCCCAUCUCCCUCUUCCCUAGCAUCAGCCAUGCCUGUGACUUGGCCCAAGUUUUGGGGGAAGAAAACAGUGUGUUCUAGCAGCCAUCCCUGUCUCUUUCCAGCUCCUGGACCCAGUGAUUAGCUCCUCAUUAGCACCUCAUCAGUGGCUUUUGCACAGAGACUCUUGGACAACAAGCCUAAAAUAAUGCUUGUGGUCUGUCUUUUUGCAGUCAUCCCUUCCUUCUGGCUUGGUUAGGAGAGGCAAGCCUUGCUACAAACAGCUUUUCCUUCAAAUUUCUCUGGCUUUUGUUCUGUCUGUUAAAUAUACUGGUAAAUGGCAAACUACGGUAUUCUUUUUUUUCCCCCCCGAUCCUAUCAGUGUAGGAGUACUGUGUCCCUAUGGAAUAGGAGCACGGCUUAUCAGCAAAGUGUUUAUUUAGUGGAGGGGCUGUAAUAUUGACACACAGAUUUGCAGCAGCAUCCAAAUCUUGAGGGGGGGACAAAAGUGUCUUUUUUGAUCAAAUGAGAUCUUCACUGUGAUGACAUCAGAAAGGUUUAUGCCUUAAGGACAGACUUGAACCUGAGAACAUGCUCCCUUUUUGGGGAACAAUGAGGGGGAAGAAAUCACCCAAGGAUGUGGGAGACCAGACCCUCCAUUUCACAAACGACUAUGUACCAAUAGACACUUUGUGUCAUCUAAGUGGCUCUGAAAAACACAAUAAUAAACUAUGACUAACUAUCCACAUUUACCAUUAAAAGCAAAUUCAUCAUGUCUAACCCAACCCCUACUUUUUAAAAGUAUCAUUUUUUCUCAUAACCCUGGAGAUGGCUCAAUGUUGUUUCUUUUCCCUGGUCCCUUCUAAUAUUUUCAAUGAGAUUUCUAAAAAUUUUUCCUUUAAUUCCUUCCAGAAAGAUAUGGGGUCUAUUUUAAAUGCCGUCUAUGAUAAAAUGGCAAGAUAAGUAGAAAGUGGGGAAGUGGGGUGGAGGGUAGGCUGUGUGACGAGGAGGCAGAAAAUUUCUGAGAUUCUAUUUCCUGCUGAGUGAUCCUGGAAGAAGCAUGAUCUCCUCUGUGCCUCAGUUUCUCGAUCUACAAAAAAGAACUGCUACCAACCCCUGCCUGCCCGGAUUACGAUGAAUGCCAGAAGAGAUCACAGAUGCCAAAGAGUUCCAUGGGCCCCACAAGACGCCCCCACAUAAGUGGAACCCACUCUCUGCACAGGGAGUGGCGCAAAUAGUCGUGCUGGGCGCUGAGUGUGAGCUGCUUUGUGGCAUGUGCCACGUCUUCAGGUGCUCCUUCCUUAAAUUCCUCCUGAAGUUUGGUUUCUAGAUUUUAUCAUUAGCAUUUUCCUCUUUGAAUGACCAUUGGGCACCUAGGGAUGGCAAAUACCUUUCCAAAAUUACCGUCAGAAAGAGGAUGUUUUACCCAUUUGGCUCUCUCAUUGAAAGCGUAGAUUUUAUUUUCAGACUUGGAACCCUGAACAUUUUGUAACAAAAUGGCAUCUGCUGCUGCGUUUAUCCAUUGUUACUUUCAGGAGGUUCUAUAGAUUUAAAUGUAAUGCUUUUUUAAAGUAAGACUAUAUGAAGCUUCCUCUAUAAAUUGGGUGGUAGGACUAAUCUUGCAGGAAGCACCCAGAGUGAUAAUGAUCCUGAAGCAGUAACACGUUCAUUCUAAGGCCAGCAUUUUGUACAUGGGGAAAUAAUCUUAAGACAGAAAGAGCUGCUUGGGUGAAGACCAAAUGCUAAACACACUUCAAAUAGCCUUGGGCACCAACAAAUAGGUGUGAGUGAGAUUCACACUGAGAAACAUAUCUGAUUGAAAAUGAAACUCCUGACAAUAAAUUUUGAGGCCAGAUUGCCAAGGUUCUAUCAGUGAUGUCAUUUAUAGCCCCUCAAAAUAAUCCCAGGUGUUUGUGACACCAGCCACUAUUUUAAAUAGCUUACAGUGGUGAGGCCUUGGCAAGUUAAAUCUUUUUAAUGUAAUUUCCUUUAGCUCUCUGAGCAAAAUCAGGUGUCAUGCAACUGACUAAAUGCUGUGCAUGAUUGAAAAACAUGGAAUUUUGACCACUCCCGAGAGAAAUCAGAAUAAAGCGGAUUACAUGAAAUCCUAAAAAAUUCACAAAUGUUUUGCUCAAGUUCUGGAUCCUUCUUUUCUUUUUACCAUGGAUUCAUUUCCUUUUUCUUUUCUUUUUGUCAUGUAGAAGAGUCACACCUCUGGUCUGAACCUCUCUGUCCAGGUGAUUUUCGCCUGCAGCUGUCCAGCAGACAGAGAGCAUUUCAGCUUUCUUUGAAAUGAGAGUCGAAAUUGGGUUAUGAAUAGAAUUUUAAAUUAUGGUAUGAAGUUAGAGAAGGCAAGCUGGUUCAGGGCAGCAUUCCAGAAUUCAUUCUGAUAGUCCUGAGGAGAUGACCUCCGUCACAACACCGUGGAGGCCUGCCUUGAACAAGCCAUUUCCACUGUGUAAUUUCCUAGCAACAAGUCUGAUUAUUUAAGGAUUUCAGAGGUAUCAUUUGAGAAAUGACUCACUUGACAUGGAAAAUUUGAUCUAAUAUGUUAACAGGAGCAACAAGAACUUACUUUAAUGCUUUUUCUUUUCCCCUCUGAAAGUUUAUUUAGGCUUCCUUGGGGGCCAUUGGGAUAUUUUCUUUUCAAGACUGGAAAUGAUUGAUUAUAGUUCAUGUCUAAAAGCAAAAGCCCCCCUAACUCAUUGGAGUUGGAGGCAACAAAAAAUGACCCAUGUUAGUUUUCUGUUAUCCCACAUAAUCAAGGACCCUUCUUGGUUAUGUUUGUGGGCCAUGGCGGGUGAGUUCAAGGGCAUUGUCAAAAUAGAAUGAAAAGAAAGCAAGUUGAGACAAGAAAAUUCUCACUUUGAGUGUGUGAGAAAACAGCAGUCCUGCUCUCUCUGGCAAAGAUUCGUGUACCGUUAAGGGAAGAAUCAUGUUCUUUCUCAAGUACGUUUUACUUUCUGAGAUUUCUUGUGUUUCUUUGUGUGUUGGCUGGGGGAGGCGUUUAUAAGUUUAGACUUUCUCUUGAGCACAGUAAAAGCUCUGCUCAGUUUCUCAGAAGGUGACAAUAAAAUGAGAGGUGGAGAGGAAUUCAGAGACCCGUGUUUCAGUACGUGGUAAAGUUUUACCCAAAUAUUUCCUUCAGGAACGUUUAGUCAUAGUAAGCCAAGUCAAUUCCAUGUCUGCAGUUGUUAUCAGGAAAAAUAAAUUAGCAGGCAGUUUCCACAGACUCUGAUGCUGCAUCCAUUUUGGUCCUUGAGUCACAUGAAGUAACAUACCAAUAGGGACUGAAUGGGGAGGUGGUUUGGAUGAGCUACCCCAUCAGUAUUAUGGCAAUGCAUUAGUUCUGUCCCGAACUAGAGUCACUUCAGAGCUGCUUUCAUUUGAAAUGGCACAAAAAAGAGUCAUUUAAAACAUGUUUGGAGGCCUGUCACCUAAAGUCAGCCUCUGCUGAAAGAGUUUUCAGUUUGAUAGGCAGUUUUUUGCUUCUCCCAUCUGUCAGUGAUACCUAGGCAUCUGUUUUCAGCACCAGGGACAGCAAACACCUCCCUGGAUUGAACCUGCAGUCCUGAUUGACCUUCCACACACUGAAGGGCGGGUUUUCCCUUUACUUCCUAUUCAUUGGGGCCUCAUCCUGGAAGACUUUAUUCUUAAGUUUUGGUGCUUACAUCUUCUAUUUAUUUUCAAUCCUGGUGGCUAAGCUGUUUGUGUCACAUUCUGGACGUGCUAAAAAAUGAUGAGGAUUGAACUAACACAUCCAGGUCUCCUGGCCCAGAGGAGUGGAAAGAAAGAGACCAAGACAUCAAUGAAGGGCACAUUGGCGCAAGCACCUCCUGGAAAAAGUGUUCACAAGGCACCUUUGACUCCUAAACUCCCCAGUGGGGGACUGCUUAUUGGCAAUCACUUUCUUUUUACAAUUUCUGCACAGUUCCCACAAUGUCCAAGUCUAUGUUUCACUCGGUGUGUGUUUGUAGGCAAUAUUUCACAGGAGUUGAGCAGAAACUAUGAACUUUGAGGACAGAAAGUGGCCCAGUGAUGCUGUUGUUAGGCAUUUUGGAGAGUUGGGGCCGGGCACUGCUUUGGAUGCCACCAGCCGCCCUCCAAUCCUGAGUGCUGUUAAGCAGCUCACUUUGCCUUAAACAACCAUAGUAAAAAUGCAGAUGGCUCCUUUGGGCCUCUGUCAGGCCAGAAUGAAGGGAUGCACUGAGAAAAUCAACGUAGUGGAAGCACAUGUUGUCACUUUGCCUUGUGAUUGGCCAGUUGUCAUAUAGCACAAUAACACAUUAGAUGCAUCUUAGAGGCAGCAUUGUCUUCUCUUAAUUAACCCCUCAUGUCAGGAUAGCCCCAGUGCUGGGAAGGUAAGACAGUCACCAAGGAUUUCACCUUAAAUACUUUUUCUAUUUCACAGGAGUUAAAUGAACUCCACUUCAACUGCCCCUGGACCAUCCAAAGCACUGAACACUCCACUGUACCCUCUCUUCUUCCCCUCCUUCAGUGUUGCUUAUCAUAAUUUGUAACAUUUAGUGGUACAAGACCAUAAAGGAUUCUUUUUAAGGAUAAAUGAGGUGGUCAAAACAGGCUAGAGCCACAUCUCAGACAAACAAGUUCAAUGGAACUGCAAUUCUUAACCUUGAAGUGGAUCUGAGGACAAUCCAUUCUUCCUCCAUUCCUUGCCUUUUGAGGGCAUCUCAUUGCAGUUCUCACACUUGCCAUGCAAAAAGGCCAAAGGAAGAGUUUCUCUAGAUUAUUUAUGUGAGGACUGGGGGAAGGAAGGGUCAAAAACUUUCUAUUAGAAGUCUGUAGAAUAGAGGAGCUUUGUUUUUUAUUGAAAUCAAGGAACAAGCCUAGUUUUGACAGAAUAUGUAUGUGAAGGACCACCAUGUAUAGGAGAGCUUGAUGGGAGAAAUUCUGUUUCCUUAGAACAGAGAGGGAGGAGUUGCAGAUUGACUGGUAGGAAACAAAUGAUCCACUGGCCAGGGGAAAGGUAGUCUGAGACUGGAGAUACAGAAGCAGGCAUCUUUAGACAUAGAGGUGAUGCCAAUGGAAGCCUCAGGAAAGAACAGACCAGAGAAUAAAAUCCUACAGAGGCUGUCAGUACUUUUUCUGGAAAUUUCCUAAAAUUUUCAAGGGCACUUCUAGCCCUCUGCCUCCUUAAAGGUGAACUCAGUGCUACUUCUGGGUUCUUAAGGCAAAUGCCCUACAAACACCAAAGUCUUGUAUUUUCCACUCUCAGCCAAUGCUGGCUGUCCUGAGUGGGAUAUUUUCCCCUUCCCUAUGUGAAAGGGACUUGUUUUCAGGAGAAGUGUCCUUUAAUUAUCCAGCUAAAACUGGAGGUAAUUUUUUGCAUGAAUGGCUUUUUACAGCUAGGUCUAAAGCUGAACAAAACUUGUAUUAAACUAAGUGCUACUUUACAUAUCUUAUUUCAAGAGAAAUGAAGGAUUUAUUGCCGUGUAAAUGAUGUACACUGAUUUGUUUCCUACUGGACAUUACAUGUCCCUUUAUCUUUAGGCUGAUGUUGCGCAGCAAACUUUCAAUAUCUGGAAAAUCAGCCGGUACCUACUUCAGUGCACUAGUUGGGUAUUAUGUUCUCAGAGAGGAAUUUUGCGAAUGAAGUUUAGGUGCUGUUGUAACUGAUUUCCGCCCUCAUCCCUAAGCUUUCUGUAUUAAAUAUAUGUAAAGUGAUUAUAUCUCGUCAGACCCCAUGUGUUUGUGUGUGUUUCCCAAUGUAUGUAUAAAUAUAUCAGCCAACUGAAGGGUAAGUUGGAUUAUAGCAACUGCUGAACAAUGGUGUAGAUGGCAGUGGUCAUGUGAUACAUCCACACUCUUGUUCUCAGGCCAAGCUAAUCUUACAGAGUUUAGAAAAAACACAAUGUGGCAUGGUUUGGAAAAAUCUUAACAGUAGAUAUAGUCUUGCCAGGCCAUCGUUCUUUGGUGGAAACCUUGGCGGCAGCAAAGUUGAGAUGUACUCAACUGGACCUUACGUCAUUUAUUUUUAUCUCAAUUGAUUGUUCCUCAGUUCUCUUUUAUGACUUAGAAAUACUCCCCCAUGAUGCCUGUUUGUUUUUUGCCAAGGCCACUGGAAAGUGCUGAUCAUGUUUGCUCCCCAUCACUUGAAUCCCAAAGUUAUUAACUCACGGUGGGUGACUGAGGUUUUAGUAAACCUGGGUUUUACGAAUAGUACCCCUUCUAUUUCUUCCAUUCAUUUCCUUUUAAAAAAAUCCAUGGGUUAUGCUAGGUUUAUUCGCAUCCUGGUGAGCCUUGGAGAAUCAAUUUAGUUAAAAUGAUGACUGUAUCUGCCUUUGGAGAAGAGGCUUAUGUUAUAAAAUUCUUAUGUAAAGAUGUCCUUUAUGCAAAAACUAUGGAUUCUAACAUGGUAGGAUGGCCCCUGUGUAGGGGAUAUGUGUUCUCAGUUGAUAUUAAGGGAUGCAUUGAAAAGGCAAGUGCUCCCUAUCUCUAUUCCCUACACUGCUCUUCCUUCCUCCCCAACCUCAAAAGGAAACAGAAAAUUAUUUUUUUAAAUUGUAUUAAUAAUUUAUGUUUAAUACAAAAGGAUGAUUUAAUGGUAUCACCAAAGGUCAUUUCUCCCAUUGUGCAUGUCCUUCACUCUCGGCCCCAUACCCAUCACCCCAUUCUUCACCCUCAUGCUUCAUCCCAAGGCAAACACGUGUCUUCAUUGGAAUCUAUCAGUGUUGGAGUUAAAUGUAGGGGCAGAGAUUUAACACCAUGACACUAAUGAAAACCAACCAUUCUUCACUUUCAAAUGGUUAAUUACUACAAGAAGGCAAACUCUUUUCUUGGUUUUUGUUUAAAAACAUUUUAUACAUAUAUAUGUAUAUAUGUGUGUGUAUGUAUGGACAUAUGUAUGUAUAUGCACAUGUACAUGUAUAUAUGUAUAUAUCCAUCUCCAAUAUAAAUAUAUCAUAUGUGAGAUUUGUAAAUACUCCUUGGUCAUAUGUCUGUCUCCCUCAUGGUAUCGUAUCUUCAAUGUUUUGUUAACGACUCCAUUUAUUGAUUGAUGAAAUCGUGUGUAGACUGUGUCCUCCUGACAUGGUUUAUGUAGGGUCUCUUCUCAAAUAAAGUAUAAAACAUCAA